AUGAAGUUCUCCACUGGCGUCGCAGCUCUUGCCCUCCUCCUCUCCACGACGAGUGCGGUUGCUCUGCCUGCUGGCAACAACGGUGAUGUUCAGGAUCACCACCACCCUCACCACCACCCCAGCAGCACUCACACUCCUCACCACUGGUCGAGAACCCACACGCCGCACCACAGCCACACGCCUCACCCGAGCCACAGCCACGACCCUCGUCCUAUCCACACCCACGAGGCUCACCGCAGCCACAGCCACGAGCCGCACCCUAGCCACAGUCAUGAGCCUCACCCGAGUCACAGCCACAAGCCUCAUCCCAGCCACAGCCAUGAGCCUCAUCCUAGUCACAGCCACAGGCCGCACCCGAGCCACAGCCACGAGCCUCACCCGAGCCACACGCCUCAUCACAGCCACAUGCCGCGUCCCCACGUGCCUGUUCCCGUCAAUGAGGAUGGCCGUCCCACCAUUCUUCCUUAA